UAAAACAGAGGAGUGCAGUUUAAAACAGCGUGUUGAGUGAUACGAUGUAUGGUAUGUAAAAGAUUUGAACAUAUAAUAAAAUAUUGGAGAUGUUUUGAAAGAGUUUUUGAUUAUAUAAAGAAACGUGUAACGUAUAUGUAUAAAUAAAACAGAGCUUUAGGACAACGUGUGAAUGGAGGUUAAAUAUGGUGUAGUUUGGGGAGAAGAUUUGGACAUGUAGCAGAAAUAAUGACGAUUUAUUCUAUUGACUUUGGAGUUUCGAACGAGGGACGUUAGUGCGAUGAGAAACAGAAGAACCAGGGUAGAAAAUUGAAGAUGUAUACAACUUUACCAAAAUCAUGGCGAGAAGAAUUCGACGUCAACACCACGCUGACGGAACUCAACGACGCUUUGGUCACGCUACACCUUCCGGCGAUUGUCAUCUGUGCUACGCUUGCAGGGAUCGGGAUCAUCGGAAACUUGAUCGUUUUAAGUGUCUACAUACCCCAUGCAAGCUCCUUUUCACGUGUGUUCAUUUUGUGGCUUGCUGUAGUGGACUUUAUAGCGUGCAGCGUCGGAACGCCUCUUCUGGUGUAUAGCAUGAUCUAUCCGUACCAGUUUCCGUCCGAGAACGUAUGCAAAACAUUACGUUUUGUGCACGUUUUUCUAGUUGGGACGUCAGUGUUUAUAUUCGUUAGUAUUGCCAUGGAAAGGCAUCGGGCUAUCUGCAAUUUUGAGGUGGUUGAAAUGAAAACAAGGCGAAUGCAUGUCAUGUGUAUUGUGUCUUGUAUUAUGGGAGUUGUAGUGGCCGUCCCAGCCAUAUUUAUUUACGGAAUACGGACUGUGGAAACCGGAGUUCACAAUAUCACAGGAACUGAAUGCUUUGUUGAAGACCACUUUAUACAAACUGAUUCAAUAUGGCCCAAAAUAUACUUCCCAUUUCAAUCCAUAAUCGUGCUUAUCUCAUUUGCUAUAUUGCUUGUGUUGUACAUUCGGAUUGGGCGUCAGUUACAGUGGCAUCUUAAAUUCACGGGACGUUACACGGCAAGGUCCAAGUUAAACCAGUCGACUAAAUCAAGCCAAUCGGUGUGUACAUAUGAACAAACCGACAGUUCGCCGAAAUCAAAGACCGGAAGUAUGCUUAAGCUGACCUCUACGUCGGAUAGGUCCGCAAGUAGGUACAGCCUCCAUACGCCCGUGGGGAAGGAGGUGUCCACCACCAGUAGCCGUGUAAAUAGAGCCGCCCAUGAGAUGACCAGCAUGUUUUGUUGGUUGACGGCCGUUUUCGUGCUCUCUUUCAUUCCUCACCUUGCUAUUAUCAUCUACUCAACAUUUCGGACUGAUUUUGCGCAGGAUAUGACUUCGUCACAGGUUGUGGCAUAUAACAUAUUUUUGAGAUCGUUUGCUGUCAAUAACAUGGCAAAUCCGCUCGUGUAUUUCACGUGUGUACGUGACUUCCGACGAGAUUUUAGGAAUUUACUCAGCAAUAUUUUCUGUAGCUGCAGGAGAUAAUGGCCUUAGUUAAUACAGUGGGACGCAUGUAAAUGGAGACAGGGAUAAUUGUUCAGACCUAUAGCUAGUAGUUAUACCAAAAAGUCGUUUAAUUUCAUCAAGGAAGUUGGGAGGCACUUUGAAAAUGUCAAUGUCACACACCUGUAAGACAAUAUAUAAAGUACAGAGGUCGCGUCCUCGCUGUAUCUUUGUUUUGAGCUUGGGAGAAUUUUGAUAAAGUAACUUGUUGGCAUUUAUCCACACCACCUAAGAAAUGAAAAGAGAGAACUUAGCUGGAAAACACAUCAUUUUGGGUUUGAAAUUACUUUCUUUGCCACCAAAUUCCGAACUAAUUUAACUGCCAAAAACGUGUUUGUAAUUGAAAGGUGAAUUAAUACACUUUUCCCGAAAUAUGCAAAUUUCUACUGCGUAGGUUUUAAAAUACAUUUGCACAAGUACUUACCACAUUGAGAAGUUGUUUGAUGUGAUAAACGGGGGUGGGGGUUCAAGAGUCAUUGUCAACCAUUGACAUCAAAACGUAUUAUAAUGUGGAUUUAUAAUUAUUUAUAAAAGCAGUGUUCGGAAUUUAUCAUGUUCUUCUUCAAGUUUAAGAGUUUGUGACUCAAGACUAUCUCAGUUGAAUCGAAUUGAAUUCAGUAGGCUCAAAUGCAUCUAGCAAAGUCCAUGUACACAUUAUGUCUGUCUCAGGAGGUAUACAUGUACAUGAAUGUUUGACAAUCUCGUAUAAAAAGUGCAAUAAUAUUGUGUUAGUCGGUGUUUUAAGCAUUGUAGAAUUAUAUCAAACUUCUAUGGAAUUGAUGAUUAAUCAGGACUAUUGUUUUGAUACUGAGCUCAUUUUUGUCAGACCACAAUCUAAUGUACCAGUCGUCUCUAAAUGUGCAUGCGGAGCCCAUUUUUACUGAAGUCUUGAGUCUGAGAGUGCAUUCUGGCCCCAUAUGCACUUACGUCUUGAGUCUGAGUGUGCACUCAGGGUCCAUAUGCACUUACGUAUUGUUGGGAUAAGAGUGAGGUUUGUGCACAUAAACUGGUUUAAACCCCCAGUAAAUUUACAUUUUACUGACCGUUCCAAGGCGGUACCUAACAAUUCUUGAUAAACAUACCAAUUAUUUAUAUGUAUAUAUAUAUAUAGUAUGUAUGCACUGUGCUGUUUAUAGAGUUGUGUGCUGUUCUAUGUUCUUGUUUGUGAAUUUGUGUUCUAUGUCUUUGGCGUUGCCCAUUGCCACUAAACCGGGUUUAUGUUUAAACUUUUUGCUACUGAGCAUGUUUCUGUAGCAUUUUGCAUAUAUAUUGAGUCUGAGUGAGCAUUCUGGGCCCAUUUGCACUAACGUCUUUAAUGUAAGAGUGCAUUCUGGGCCUAUAUGCACUAACGUCUUGAGUCUGAGUUUGCAUUCUGGGCCCAUAUGCACUAACGUCUUGAGUCUGAGUGUGCAUUCUGGACCCACAUGCACAAACGUCUCGAGUCUGAGUGUGCAUUUUGAGUCCAUAUGCGCUAACGUCUUGAGUCUGAGUGUGCAUUCUGUGCCCAUAUGCACUAACGUCUUGAGUCUGAGUGUGCAUUCUGUGCUCAUAUGCACUAACGUCUUGAGUCUGAGUGUGCAUUCUGGACCCACAUGCACAAACGUCUCGAGUCUGAGUGUGCAUUUUGAGUCCAUAUGCGCUAACGUCUUGAGUCUGAGUGUGCAUUUUGAGUCCAUAUGCAGUAACGGCUUGAGUCUGAGUGCGAACUCAGGGCCCUUAUGCACUAACGUCUUGAUUCUGAGUGUGUACUCUGGGCCCAUAUGCACAAACGUAUUUAGUCCGAGUGUGUACUCUCAGCCCGUAUGUAUUAACGUCAAAAUUCCGAGUGUGCAUUCUGAGCUCAUUUGCACAAACGUACGUGAAGAGUCUGAGUGUGCAUUCUGAGCCCAUUUGCACAAAUGUCUUGAGUCCGAAUGUGUAAUCUCAGCCCGUAUGCACGAACGUCUUGAGUCCGAGUGUGUUCUCGGCCCAUAUUCACUAACGUCUUGAGUCUGAAUGUGCAUUCUGUACCAAUAUGUACCAAUGUCUUGAAUCUUAGUGUGCAUUCUCGGCCCAUGUACACUAAGGUCUUGUGUCUGAUUUUUUUAUUCUUAUUUUUAAGAACAUAUUCGAUCGCAUAUUACUUAGUGUUUGUUGUGUUAUUUGUUAGUGCUUUUCUGUAAUUGCGACAUAGCGCUUAAAGGAGAUACUUUAGACCCACUAAGUAUUAUUUGUUUAUAAAGGAAUUCAAUUUCAUGCAUGUCAGUUUGGACAGUAAAAACAGAUACCAGAGAACAGUAUAUUUUAAAUAAUACUAGGUUUUGACAUCAACAUACUCAACAAGGUCUGCUUUUUAAAAUCAAGAAAAUGUGCAAGCCUUGAAAACAAUUUUGUAGUUAGUUUUAAGCGUGUUUGCUUGUGGGAUUGUACAUGUUUUAGAAACUUUACUUGUCUGCAUUCUUUUUGGUGUUGUUUUUAAAUUUCCGUACGUAGGUUAUUCAUUUAUGCUGAUCGGUCGUCAUGGUAACAUACAUUUAAGGUUUUAAAUUGAUUAUACAAAGUGUUGUCUUUGCAUUGAUAUUUUAUUUGCUCAGUUUUGGGAACUUUUGUUUAAUAUGUGUUGAAAUAAAUUUACAA